CAACACGCGGAAAAACUACAGCACAAAGCGUUUGGCGUCGCGCGCGCGUCGAGGAAAAUUCGUUUCACACUACUGAGAGCAGACCGCACAACAGCCAUUGAAGAACGCGAAAAAAAAAAGUGGCAAAAAGAAGUUCCUUUAAGCCAUAUCUCGUCUCUCUGCGUCGUGUGUGUCGGGCGGUCACACAGAGUUGAGUUUUCUGCUCGUCAUAGGCAUUAUAUUUUCCAGUCAGUGUGUGGUGUGUUUCGUAAGAUUUUUCUUUUCGAUCAGUGGUCGGUGCGGGAAAAGAACAAAUGAAAAAAGGGAUAGCAGUUGGAGGAGAGUGUUAAUUUUGUCACGGUCAAGCAUCAGUGGGGGGUAGCGGUGGACGCCCCAGUAGUAAUUGUGAUCUAUUGUAGUGUAAUUAAUUUCCCGUAAAUACGUGUAGCAAGCGUCGCUUUGUCUGGAUUGAUAGCUGUGUGUGUGUAAUUGGUGGUUCCGGAGUUCCGCGAAUUCGGCCAGGUGCGUAAAAGAACAACACCUACCGCGUCAGAUGGUAAUUGACCUGCGAUAGAAGGAAACCUACUAAGUUAUGUAGCUGAACCGCCCACCGGUAUGCUGUGAAUACAUAGAUCCGGAGGUGUGCUUAUCGGAAGAAGUUUCUUCAAAACUACUCAAAGGCUGUAAUAAGGAUAUAAUGCUUCUGUAAAAUGCCCUGCCAUGGCACUGCGAGGUUGGCGACUCUUUGGGUUGGCCGGUACCAUCCUGGUGUACAUCGGCGGUAUUCUGUUCCUGUCGUUUGUCAGCCUUCAGAGCCCGCAGCAGAAGCGUAACCAUGGCCGAGGAUACGGCGAGUUCGAAACCCUCCGGAGCCGAGACAUCGGACUGCUAGGCAAGAAACCACCCCUUCAAUGGUGCACCGAGCUCCGCUACAUGGACAGCCCUCCACCGCCGCCAAAGGUCUACAAGCUGCUGCAGACCUUUCCCGGCCAUUUUGUGAAACAGUUCCAGCAAAUCCAGCAUGACCAACCGCAACGGCACAACGAUGUCAUCGAUCAUAGCUCCAAACGGUCGGCCACGGCGGCCGACUUUCAUUCGUCUUCGCAAUGGCCUAAUAGUAACAGCAACAAAUUUAAUACCAAUAAGAUAGCAACUAGUGAUAGGAUAGUCAACGAUGGGCACCAGAAGUCUUCCAACAAACGGGAACUAACGGCGCUGGUGUCGUUUCCCGGAAGCGGAAACACGUGGCUGCGGUACCUGUUGCAGCAGUCUACGGGAAUGUUCACCGGAAGCGUGUACAAAGAUUACGGCCUACUGAAGAGUGGGUUUCCGGCAGAAAAUGUUGCUAAUUCAUCGGUUCUGGUAGUGAAAACGCACGAAUGGGGUCCACAAGCGUGGGCCCCAUAUAGUAAAGUGAUUUUGCUCAUCCGAGACCCUGAGAAAGCCAUUCUAGCUGAGUUCAACCGCCAAAGUGGUGGUCACGUCGGAUUUGCCUCGCCAGACCGAUACCGUCGGACCAAAGGGCGGUAUUGGACGCAAUUCGUCAAGAACAAGCUGUGGGCCUGGGAGCAGACUAACCUGUCCUGGGCGAAAAACUUCACCGGAGAAGUAAAACUAGUCUUCUACGAUGACCUAGUGGAGAAUGUGGAAGGAACGCUACGUAGUAUUCUUAAAUUUCUCAAGUUCCCCAUCAAUGAUGAGCUGCUAGCAUGUGCAUUGAUGCGUAAGGAAGGAAUCUACCGGAGAAAAAAGCGAAUCUUGCAGUUCGAUCCGUACAGUCCAGCAAUGCACGUAGCGAUCGAUGAGAAACGCGCCGAAGUGUACGCCGCCUUGGGUCGUUUUGCGUUACACUGAAUAACACUAGUCGCCUCGCACAAUGUAGUAUCCUACAGACGCGAACCAAAGAAAGAAACAAACAAACAAACAAAUCUAGUCAUUGAUUUCGGCCAUAACCUUAGUUGUUUAAACAAUUAGGAAUGGAAUCUAUCGGAAAGUCUACCAACUAAAAAGCAAAAUAAAGUUUUGUAGUGAUGUUUUUUCGGACGCUUCCAAAUUUGUUUUCCUUCUAAUGGUAAAAUUUUAGAUCAUUUGAUUAAGUUCUAAUUUUAAGCAAAAAAGUCAGGUGCAUAGAUGCUAGAUGUAAUGUCAACAACCAGUGACGAAUGAUACCAAAACUGAAGUACUCGCGUAGAUACGCUAGCUCUAAGUGAAAGCACUUUGCCAUAUUUACGUGACUGUAAAUAUGUAUUCCUAGUACCGGCUCGCAUGCUCGGAAACGCGUACAAGAAAUAAAUCUAGUCAAAAAACCAAAUAAAUACAACAAAAAUACCAUUAAAUGAGAAAAAAUUGCCACAUAUAGCGACAGAAACAUGAAACAACAACCAACACAAUACCCGUAGUUUACAUUAAUAGACAGUUUGUGAAACUUGUAAGACUUUUAGAAAGUAUGUGAAACCAGUUAUUCAAACCAAAUAUAGGCGAUGUAGGUUCUUUUUUGCGAUAAAUACUGUACACAGACACAAGGAAAGAGGUAAAAGAACACAAAUAAUUACCACAGUAACAUAGUUUAUGAAAUGUUUACAUAACCGUCGUCAGGCAGAUGUUUGAGUAUUAAACAAACGGAAAUACAAUGGCAAUAACUCAUGUAAA